AUGGUUUGCGCCAGUUUCUUAGUUCCACCUAGCCUUUUCAUUAAAGGUGGCCUAAUUAGUGUUAAUAAAACAUUGUCCAUUGAAAUAUCUCCCAAAAAUCAUUUAUGGCUCCUACCUAGCGCCUUCGAUUAUAUUCCCCUCACUUGCAGCGAACGCCAUGAAAUUCCAAAAACUCGCGGUAUCCGGAUGUUCCGUCAUCAGCCCUUUGUGCCCGUUCCUAGGGAAGAAGUGUCCAUCAUCGGACUGCCGGCAGACCGUAAGUCACCUCUUUCGGUUUUGGUAUUGUCGCCGCAUUGGGCGAUCUAUUCGUGGUGCUUGAAACAUGUUUUCCCUAUUUCACGUCACCUAGUUUUUCUGUCCGCAUGUCAAGCAAUACUCUUGACUAGUGAAAAGUCAGCAGAUCUUGACUAG